AUGGACAACGGUGAAGUAAAGCUCACAUUAAGGAGAGAUGACUAUUCAGGUAAAGUGGUAUACACCCAGAUCCCAGAGGGGGGAAGUCCAUUGAAAGUGCCCCCUCACAGUGCCAUCAGCUCUCCGGCUGCUGUUAUUCUCCCAUUCAGUCAAUUCAUGCAUCCAGGCGGACAGUCCAACGGCCACAACAGCAGCCCUGCUCCAGUGGAAGUCACCUCCUCCACUGCCACCCGUAGCAACUUACAGGAAGAUCCACAAGCUAAAGGCCUGACCAAAGAUCAGAAGCUGCUCUCUUCUAGCCACCUAAAUUUUGAGGAGAAGUUGCCGCUGUCAGGGGAUAGAUUAACCCAGCAAACUAUGUCUUCCAUGGAUUCUCUGAUUGGCGGAUCGGAUCCUAGCUUUUUCACUAUGAAAACUGAAGAUUUCGCUUUGGAUAAAGUCGGCCACGAGCCCACUGAGCUCGAUCAUGCUUUUGAACACAUUGGCAAAGACAUGGACGUAAACCAGAAAUUAUUCGGCGAUAGCACUCUGGAUUUGCUCAGUGAUUUUGAGCUCACCGGCUCCCCGUCUGAUUUUUACGUAGGGGAUGACGCCUUCUUGUCCACCCUGGCAGAUGAUGCUCUCCUUGUGGAGGACACUUCAGAGAAGGGAAUCAAGCCUGUCACUACUGAGAGCGCAAUCAGCAGUGUCCCGCUUUCUCUCAAUGGCAACAGCAGCGUGAGCAGUCCUGAUCAGUCCAGCUCAACGUUAAUCCCGACAACCACUUUGGUGAAGAAAGAAAAAGACGGAAACUUCGGGCAGCUCUGCAACCAAGGUCUGAUCAAACAAGAGAAGAUGUCUUACUGCCAAAUAAGCAGCACCACAUCUCCAGACCUGCCCACUUCUAGUCCCAUCUCCAUCUGUGGGGUGAGCACCUCAGGCGGUCAGAGCUUCCACUUUGGAGUGGAUACGCAGCCACUGAAGGAUCAAAAGUCAGUCACCUGCCAGUAUGUUCCUGUUGCCACCGUUGGUGCUCCUUGGAACAGAGGCCUGACCCCUGGGCCAGCGUCAGGCUUGCAUCAGGCCUCUGAGGCUUUCUCAGCUAUUCCUACCUACCACACCGGCUUUGCCAGCUCGACAUCCCGACAGGAAGGGACAACGGCGCCGUCCACAACCCAGACAAAGAGUGGCACUCAGAAGAUCUGCUUGGUGUGCUCUGAUGAGGCUUCAGGGUGCCACUAUGGUGUGCUCACGUGUGGGAGUUGCAAGGUUUUCUUCAAAAGAGCAGUGGAAGGCCAACAUAAUUACUUAUGCGCUGGAAGGAAUGAUUGCAUCAUAGAUAAGAUCAGGAGGAAGAACUGUCCUGCCUGCCGCUUCCGGAAAUGUCUGAUGGCGGGCAUGAAUCUAGAAGCACGUAAAGCCAAGAAGAAUCGCAUGAGAGGUAUCCGGGACAGCAAUCCACCUGAGGUGCUCCCCCCCAAGCCGGUUGAAACCCAAGCGCUAGUCCCCAAGUGUAUGCCUCAGCUGGCCCCCACGAUGCUGUCCCUUUUGAAAGCCAUCGAGCCCGAUACCCUUUAUGCUGGCUACGAUAGCUCCAUGCCUGACACCCUUGCCCGUUUCCUAUCCUCCCUCAACAGACUGGGUGGCCGACAGCUCAUCUCUGCAGUCAAAUGGGCUAAAGCUUUGCCAGGUUUCAGGAACCUCCACCUUGAUGACCAGAUGACCCUGCUCCAAUGCUCCUGGCUCUUUCUCAUGUCUUUUAGUCUGGGCUGGAGGUCCUACCAGCAGUGUAACGGCAACAUCCUCUUUUUUGCCCCGGACCUGAUCAUGAACGAGGAGCGAAUGAAGCUGCCGUACAUGGCCGACCAGUGCGAGCAGAUGAUGAGGAUUAGCAGCGAGUUUGUCCGGCUGCAGGUCUCUCUUGACGAGUAUCUGUGCAUGAAGGUCCUGUUGCUUCUCAGCACCGUGCCAAAGGACGGUCUGAAAAGUCAGGCGGCCUUCGACGAAAUCCGGAUGUCGUACAUCAAGGAACUGGGAAAAGCCAUUGUGAAGCGUGAAGAGAACUCCAGUCAGAACUGGCAGCGUUUCUACCAGCUCACAAAGUUGCUGGACUCCAUGCAUGAGAUGGUCGGCGGGCUUCUCAACUUCUGCUUCUACACUUUUGUGAAUAACAAAUCCUUGAGCGUGGAGUUCCCCGAGAUGCUGGCUGAGAUCAUUAGCUACCAGCUUCCCAAAGUCAAGGCCGGGAGCGUCAAAGCUCUGCUAUUCCACCAGAAAUGA